AUGUGGCUGCCCCCUCUCCUCUGGGGGCUGUCCUGGUUCCGGAGUCCUCCACGCCUGGCUCCUGAGUGUUCAGUCACUCGGAAUCUUGGUGGGUUCGCGAGAAGAUUCCAGUGGAACAGAUCUUCAGGUGACACCGGAAUUUAUUCCCAGUCGGGUCACGUGAGGGUCACAGCAUAUAAACCAAAGGCCAAACUGAGAGCUGACAACAGAGAUAUUCCAGUACGAGGCAGUGUGAGACUGACCUGCUCUGUGGACGGUUCUGCUGACUGGAAAUACGACUGGUUCAGACAAACCUCUGAGUCUUCUGGAGCUCAACUCAUAAGAAAUGUUAACCCAAAGAGAGUCAUAAGUGUUUAUCAAGGAGGCAUCUACUACUGCAGAGGAGGAAGAGGAGACUCAGUCUUCUACACAGAGGACAGCAACAAAGUUACUAUUCAGGAAACUGUUCCCAAUAAGGCUGUUGUGACUCAGCAACCCAACUGGCCUGAGAUAUACAGAGGUGAGACAGUCACCAUCAGAUGUGAGAUCCAGGGAGGUGGAGACACUAAGUGGACGUAUCAAUGGAGACCAGACAACUUAAACACAUCUCCAACACUCAGUGAACACAAGAUUAGCAGAGCUACUGUUGCCCACAGUGGAGGAUACAGUUGUAGAGGACUGAAGGACUUAUAUUCCUUUACAGAGUGGAGUAAUGUCUUCAGACUGACAGUAUCAUAUCCACCAGCAGCUGUCCUCACUGUGUCUCCAUUAUGGCUGAGUCCUGGAGACUCAGUAACUCUGAGCUGUGAGGUUGAACAUCCAUCUGCAGGAUGGAGGUUUUACUGGUAUAAGACUGUUCCCAAACUAUCAGACAACUCCUACAUCUAUGAGCUGCUACCUGGUAGCAUCAAAGGGACUGAACAGGAUUCCUACAUCAUUCAUGGGCCGACACACACAGCAGGACAUAUGUGUAGAGCUGGAAGAGGAGACCCAGUGUAUUACAUUCAAGACAGCAAACCUGGGUUUGUUUGGUCUGGAGAUGUUCAUUCAGCAGUGACUCUCAAAGUGAGUCCUGACAGAGUGCAGCACUUCAUCUCUGACUCUGUCUCACUGAGCUGUGAAGGAAACUUUACUAAGUGCAGAGUGAGGAGGUUUCCUGAGGACUACUCAGACUGUUAUGACUGGAGGUCCAUGACUGGAUCCACAUGCAACAUCUACAGUUAUCAGCAGAGUGAUGCGGUGUACUGGUGUGAGUCUGGAUCAGGAGAGUUCAGCAAUGCAGUCAACAUCACUAUACAGAAUAUUAUCCUGGUGAGCCCUGUGCAUCCUGUGACUGAGGGACAGUCUGUUACUCUUGGCUGCAAACUGAGGACAGGAGAAUUACUUUCCAACGUGUUUUUCUAUCAAAAUGACAAACUUAUCCAAAGUGAUACCAGAAGAGAGCUGAAGAUCUCUGCAGUGUCAAAGUCAGACGAAGGUUUCUACAAGUGUAAAUACUCAGGAGAAGAAUCAGCACAGAUUUGGAUGUCUGUUCAAGACGAUCCAAAGGUGAUGUUUGUGUCUAUGAAUCAAUCAGAGGCUCUGAAGACCCUGAAAACGAGACAAUUCACAGCCUUGUGA